AGUCUGUGACGCAUGAGUGACUGUGACGUCAACACUAGCGAAGUCCCCGUAUAUUGACUCCAUUGCGGUUCAAUUAGAAACGGAAGAAUAUAGUCAGAUGAGGAAAAGAUUAUCAGCCAUUGUGUAACAGAAUGCAGGAUAUACAACAAAAGCUUGAUUCUGCAUUUGGGAAGAAGAACGACCUUGAUAGCAGACUCAAAAGUGGGUCUACCUCAGUCUUGACUCAGAAAUUAGAGUUUGAAGAUGCUAGACACCCUCAUUCAUCUGUUGCUGAUAUGCUCAAAGGAAAAUAUGUGAACCUGACCGUUGGAACUGCAACUAAGCAAAAUAAAGUCCAGCAUUCAGUCAGUCACAACGUUGAUGAUGGUGAAGGAUUGCCCCAUCCCAAGGAAGUCUUGUUUCCUGAAGAUAAGCUUGAUUUCACCUGGCGGUUCGCUCGAGGUGCUGGUUUUCAGAACAAUGGAAACACAUGUUUCCUGAAUGCAACACUGCAGUGCCUUGUGCAUUGUCCGCCACUUGCCAACUACAUGAUGAGUGUUGAACAUCAGUCAGCAUGUCGUGUUGCAAACAAGGACAGGUGCAUAUUGUGUAACCUGCAGUUCAUAACCAAAAGAUCUCUGAGUGGUGUGGCUGACUGUCUGUCGCCAAAGUGGUUCACCAACAACCUGCAGUAUAUUGGUAGGCACUUUCGCAUUGGGAGACAGGAGGAUGCCCAUGAGUUUCUGAGACUCAGUUUGGAGAAGAUGAUGAAGUGUGCUCAUUUUGGGCAUAGCCACUUAGACAAAUAUAGCAAAGAUACGACUGUGAUACAUCAGAUUUAUGCGGGAUAUCUCCGGUCUCAAGUUGUAUGUAGCCAGUGUGGCUACAAGUCCAACACGUAUGACCCUCUGCUGGACGUGUCCCUGGACAUCAAGAAUGUGGAGACCCUGGAGAGGGCCUUCCAGCACUUUGUGGCUGCUGACAAGCUGGAGAUGGACAACGCAUACAAGUGUGACAAAUGUAAACAGAAGGUGACUGCCACAAAGAGGUUUACGAUCCACAAGGCACCAAAUGUUCUGACCAUUCAACUGAAGCGGUUCCAGUUUGGUGGCUCGUCUUACUUCAUGGGUGGUGGAGGCAAGAUCAACAAGCAGAUCAGAUACCCUCACAAGCUGAACAUCAGGCCUUACAUGUCUAAUAGAAAUGGCCCCCCAGUGAUGUACAGCCUGUUUGCCACCAUACAACACGAGGGCUAUUCCUCCCAGUCUGGCCACUAUGUGGCUAAUGUACGCUGCGGCCAGCAGUGGGUACACUACAAUGACUCCAUGAGGCGACUGACCACGUUGCAGCGAUGUCUGGAUGAGCCCAGUGCCUACAUUCUGUUCUACAUCAAGGACAACAGCCCUGGGAGCAUCCAAACUGUACAGCAAUCUAGCAAGUUGGUGUGCACACAGAGCAGUCCUAAACCAACAUACUCUAGCACCUCAACCACCAGCCCUCGGCCCAUUGGUCCCCAGAUGAUCAAGACACCUGAAAAGCCAGUCUUCAAACCAGCUACUGAUCCAAGUAAUGAUAUUGGCAAACCAGUGAAAUCUCCUCUGGCUCCCCUGUCAGCAAACAGGGAGAAAAUUAAGAUCAACUUUGGCGUGAAGACAUUUAACAAACCUCUGGAGACAAGCAAGCCCUCAGGUGCUGAUACUGCUGUGUCCCCUGUAGGGACCAGUGUGCCUACAAGUAAGCCAGAGUCUCCCCCUACCCCUAGACUUGUCAUGAAGAUACAAGGAGGCAAGUCUUGCACCAUCGAAACAUCUCCUGCUGGCGAGAGACGGAUCAUAUCUGAUGAUGACGAAGUUGUCACCAAAAUGAACGAGAAGCGUCAGAGAAAGUACAGGAAGAGAUCCAGCCUUGUGCCGUAUGGAGACGACACAUCUGACAGUGACUGGAGCAACAAGGGUUCUCCAUCAGCUGAUGGCAGCAAGAAGAGACGCAUUGAGGCAGGAAACAAGGCCCAGUAUUUAGCUGUAGGAGAGAAGGCUACACUGCAUCCACUUCAUGAGCACAAUUAUGGGAGCAAAGAAACAAGCCAGGUCUUGUUUGAUAACGCACUCAACACUACUACCUCUGUGCCUGGCAACGCUCACCUCAUGGAAACGGUCACAUUGAAAGAUAAAAUCAGUCAUACCAAUCCUGAGAGGCAUAGUGAUGUGAAACAUGCCCAUACCGUAACCAAGUCAUGCCUUAGUACACCCAUCAAGAAAACGCUUCAUGUGGCCAUUUCAUGUGAUACCACACCGACCACAGCAAAGCACAAUGGUUCAAAAGAAUGGACUACAGUGGUUGAAUCCGUUAAAAGCCCUGUUGGCUCGAACAGCAGCAUUGGCAGCGUGCAUAGUAAUCACUCUACUAGUGAAUGGUCAGUCUCGAAAAGUAUGCCAGUAAAGCAAGUGCAUAGCCACAAUGGUUGGAUUGUUACACCCAGCCGAAGCUCAACAAAUACUUCAAACAGCAUUUCAAGCUCCAAACAUGUGGGAGACAAUCUAAAUAAGUCUGAAAGUGCCAGCUAUUCAAGCCCAUAUUAUGUUGAAAGUGACAAAAACCGAUUGUUGCUUUCGGGGCAUAAAAAAGACAGUGAAGAUGACUAUCGUUCUCACAAGAAACAUAAAAAGCACAAGAAACACAAGAAGCAUCGUCAUCAUGACAGGGAAGAGACUGAGGAAAAGAACACAGAGUUGUAUGACAGCUCCAGUCAUUCACAUAAGAAAAAGAAGAAAAAGAACAAGCAUAAAGACAGAGAUGAGGAGAGAAACAGAUAUGAAAAACAUCAGAGCAAACACAACGGUGAUGACCGAAAAUUAUGCAGUGAUAAUGACUCACAGACCUCUCAGGAGAAAGCCUCUGACAGAUCCCAGUGUGACAGAUCCCAGUGUGGAGAUGUCAGGGCCCAGGACAGCUUCAGCAAGCCUCACAAGAGAUCCCACAUGGAGGAGCAGCAUUGGAAGGCAGGGGGAAAGAGGAGGAGGCAGGAGUCUGAUGAGUCCCCAGAGUAUGAGUGGGUGGAGAAGCCCAUUGUGACACCCAGCCGGGGCUCCAGAUCAGCGCCAGCAUCUCCCCCAAGGCAGUCAUGGGACUACCACGUGAAAGAUGGCUACAAACGGACCUCACUCAGUGGAUCCUCUACUCCCCUCAAAACUUCCUGGGAUGGUCUGAAAACCUCCAAAGUUGUCCAAGAACUUGAGAAAGUUGCUGCUUAUGGAUACGGUGCUCCAGUGUCAGGAUGGGAUGGUGGCCAGUCACAUCUGGAUCAGGAACUACACAAACACAGGUCCAGCCAUACUGAGAGGGACUUUGAUGAUGAAUACGAUGAUGAGUAUGACAAAGGAAAGGUGAAAAAAGUGAAGACCAAGAAGCCUGAAGAGCACAGACACAAUGGUAACCAUGGAAACCUGUUCCAGAAGGAGCAGGAACGCAGAAACAGGGCUAAACUGAAUUGGUCUUCAAUGAAGAUAGGCGACAAUAACCCGUUUGGCAAGUCUACAGAUGUCAGUUCUCAACACAGAUUUUAGUUCUUGGCGUUAACUUGGGACUUGAAGUGUUUUUUUUACUUUUAAGCACAGUAUAUUAGCGUGUGGCAAUAAUAUUAAUUAGUAAAAACAUCAUUUUAAAUGAAAAAUAAUGGAAUUAUAAAGAAAAAUCAACCUC